AACCGUUCUCUUACAGCCCGGCGGAGAAGCUGCUUUGUGGGAUUAACAAACUCCAAUGGAAGAAGCAGAGAAACCAAAAUCCGUCCCAGACCAUACCGUUCUCCACGUAGAUCCUCAAAGCUCCUCCAACCUCAAACAGUGUCCAGAGAAAUUCUCCAAACCAAUUUCAGAAGGACAUCACCACCACUCCGAAUAUGAAUGGGAAGACGAACAAAUCAAAGAAGAAACUGAAUCUGAAAGCGAACAUAUCAUUGAAGAAUCUGAAUCCGAAGAAGAGGUAUAUUAUUCCACCUUAAAGAACCUCAAGAAGAAGCGCACGAUUAGACCUCGUACCAUCGUCAAAUGGGCUGCCUUCAUGGUCGUAAUGGCCUGCCUCGUCUCCAGCCUCACCAUUCCCUCCCUCAGCCACCGGAUCCUCUGGGGGAUUGAGCUCUGGGAAUGGUUCCUCACGGUCCUUGUCAUCUUCUUCGGCCGCCUUGUCUCCAACCUGCUCGUCCGGUUAACCGUCUUCCUCAUGGAACGCAGCUUCAUUCUCCCCAAGAAGGUACUCUACUUCGUCUACGGCCUGCAGAAGGGAGUACAGAUAUGUGUCUGGCUUGCCCUCGUCCUGCUAGCAUGGACACUGAUUUUCGUUCCUAAGGUCCAAGUCCCGAGCCGCUCUCACAAGCUCUUGAACAAGGUCACACGCGCUCUGAUAGCAAUUCUGGUGGGGUCCAUCAUAUGGCUGGUAAAGAUCUUGCUUGUAAAAAUGCUCGCCUCGUGGUUUCACGUCUCGAAAUACUUUGAUCGGAUACAGGAGAGCAUCUACCACCAGUACUUGUUGGAUACGCUGUCCGGGCCCCCGCUCCUUGAGGUGGCACCGAGAGGGUCGAUUCGGAAGGACGCGUGGGUCGUGAAGCGGCUAAUGAGCCACGUGAUAUCGACGGCGUUGUUCACGACCUCGAAGCAGAACGAUGAGGCAAUCGAGGGGUCCAAGAAGGAGCAUCGCGAGAUCUCAAGCGACUCGGAGGCGAGAAGAGCCGCCAAGCGAAUCUUCAAAAACGUCGCCAAGCCCGGGGCCAGGUACAUCGACGACGACGAUCUGUUGAGGUUCUUGAGGAAUGAUGAGGUCCAUACCAUAAUCCAACUCCUUCAAGGAUCCGAGACGGGAAAGAUCAGAAAGUCGGGUUUGGGUAACUGGGUGGUGAACGCUUAUCACGAGCGAAAAGCUCUUGCUUUCUCCUUGAAUGACACAAAGGCACUGACACAGCAGGUAGACAAGCUAGUGAGUGGAUUGUGCAUAACGGUCAUAAUCGCUGUGUUUCUGCUGGUGACGGGCAUUGCAACUACCAAUGUCAUAUUCCUCGUCACAUCCCAAUUACUACUCAUGGGAUUCAUGUUCGGGAACACUUGCAAAGCCAUCUUUGAAUCCAUGAUCUUUUUAUUCGUUCAGCAACCUUAUGACAUUGGUGACCGUUGUGUCAUUGACGGUAUUGAGAUGGUUGUGGAAGAGAUGAAACUUUUGACGACAACAUUCCUCCGUUUUGACAACAAGAAGAUUGACUACCCCAAUGUGGUGUUGUUCACAAAGACCAUCAGCAAUGUCAGCAGAAGCCCUGAAAUGGGGGAAACCGUCGAAUUUUCAAUAGAUGCUUCCACUUCAGAGGAUACGUUCAAUGCCAUGAAGAUAGCCAUUAAAAGAUAUAUAGACAGCCAACCAAAGCGUUGGCAACCAAAGCACUCGGUGGUGGUGAAAGCGAUCGAGGAUCCGAAUAAAAUGAAGAUAGCUCUCCACGUUAUGCACGCCAUCUACUUUCAGAACUUUCCGGAGAGAAAUAACCAAAGGUCAGAUCUCUUCUUUGAGCUGAAGAAGAUCUUGGAGAGACUCCACAUCAAUUACAACCUCCCCCCUCAAGAGAACCAUCUCUCCCAAUUCACCAUAGCCCCUGAAACGACUACAAUGCAGGGAUGAUGGCGAUGCAGAGCUGAGCCAUGCAAUCAUAUUUGCCACUGUGGAAGACGUCUGGCGGUCUGAUCUGUUGAUGAUGUAAUGCGUGGGUGGUGUUUGUUCUUCCAACUAGUGGUGACUAAUGGAUAAAGUACGUCU